AUGAUCAUGUACUACUUGCCCGGUGCACUUGCGGUACUCUUCUUCAGCAAUGCUGUGAUGGCGAUAGAGCGCUGCCGCCCCAUUGCGAACCUGCGAGGCAUCAAUCCGCGUAUCCUUACCAUGCCAACAGCAACGUUUUACCUUGAUAAUGAGUACUUCUGUGCUGAUAAGGCACCCCUGCAAUUUUACUGCCAGUGUGGCGUUGUCUCCAUCUGUACGAAGCAUGAGGAUCCUUGGGGCAGGGAUAUUGGAGUGUGCGGCUGCUGCCCCUGGUGGAUAAUUGUUUUAUUUAUCUUAUUUGGCAUUGUCGUGGUAGCGUCUGUCAGCACUGUCCUCUAUGUGUGGUUCUGCCGGGGGAAGUGGUGGUGGGAUGGUUAUCCACCGCCGAUUAGGUUUGUCAUGUGCCGCCGCGGGCCUUCCACAGUUGUGCCCGCCACAGGACCGCUUCCACCGAACCUCUUUCGUGGCUACCGCAUUUCUGACUUUGUGAGUGGGUCAGCAGACCCGCAGCUGACACACGCGACUGCCGCGGCAUGUAACAGCACUGAGUCAAGACGUUUGACAGAUGAGGGCCAACAGCUUUCACAUCAACAACAACAACAACAACAACAGCGAGAACAGCAAUUGCGCCUUUGUCAGCGAACCACUCUGCAUUCCCUUUAG